AUGGGGCUGGGCUUUGGUCUUAAUUUGAGCACCAUCCUCAUCAUGGCGCCUAUGAUUGUCAGAGAAAAGGACAUGCCCGUUACGAUGGCAGCUGUCACGCAAAUCCGCGUGGUCGGGGGCACCAUCGGGCUCGCAGUCUGCUCAGCUCGCCUGAAAAACCAUCUGAAAACAGGGGCUCGCGAAUUUUUGACACCUGAGCAGAUCAGAUCGAUACUCACGGACAUCAGCAACAUCACAUUACUGCCCCAGAAGCUACAGCACCAGUCGCGAUCAUUGUUUGCUGCUGGCUACUCUCAGCAAAUGAGGGUGAUGAUGUACUUUAGCAUCGUUUCAUUGCUAUCAGUAGGGCUCCUUUUUGAGAAGCACCCGCGCAGGUUUCCAGCCAUCAAGACUGGCCAGGUCUCGUAG